ACGGUCGCCACCCCCAAGCACACGCGGCACAAAGGCGAAAGAUAGGGGAGGGAGAGAGGGGAGGGAGCGAGAGAGCGAGAGAGAGACUGUUGCGCGAGAAUAUAUACCCUGCCCUGGGUGGGUGGGGCGACAAGUGUGCUGCCUGUCAGGUCAGGUGACCGACCAGCUUGGGUGCAGGCACGUUCUAAUCUCUUCCAGCAGGAGAGGCCAGAUGCUAUUCGGCAUGCCGACGACCACGACGACUACCCGAGUGGUUGUCAAAGAUCGUCGGCACAUAGUCGCCCGGAAGCACAUUGGUUGUUUAUGCAACGGGCGUGCAUAACUUGAACAACGCUCCGAUCACUCAUGCACUGCAUAGACAACCAUCCCCCGCGAGCCAGUGACGAUGAACAAGCGUGGGCCAUCAUACAUCACCGCUAUCAGCAUCGAUCCGGCGAGAACACUUGCACAGCUUCCGUGACUCUGGAUUCUCGCGCGCAUCGACGACGCGGCCUGGGACGGCCUAGCCAACUGUGGGCUCAUAGUCAAAGACAUCGUGGUAGGCGCGACACAUGGCACACGCUGUCCACUCUGGGCGCGAGAGGCAGCCGAGCUUGCGAGCAAGCUCUACUAGUUUGGGCUGCACAUUCGCCUCCUUCCCACUCUAGUGCGAGCGCCACUCUUCAUCAGUCAUGGCGUUGAGAAAGGCGGUGAGAUCGGCGGGUUCCGGAACGUCUAGGACAUCUACGAACGAGUUGAUUGCGGUGGACAGCCUCGGCUGUUGUUGGAGCAGUCUUGGUUGGCGAGGCUCUCUCAGCUGGCGAUGCCGUCCGUCCUCACAGGACCAAGAGCAUCACAGCCACCCAGAAACAAAACAAAA